CUAUUUGCUGUUGACAAGAGUGACGCCCGGUGUUUCCCAGAAUGCUCUGCGGUCCCAGCGCUUCCGGUAUGAUGGCUGUCUGUAUGUGGUACAACGCGUAGACCCCCCAACACAUACACACACAGCUCCCAUGGGAUGGGAACCGUAGAUGCCCAGAUCGAUUCCCAGCCCCUUACGAGGGCGGAUGUGACGUCUUGGCAUGUGGGCCGGACCAGGCGAACUUCCGACGUCAACAAACACCACGUGACUUGACAUUGGCAAGGCGGACACCACGUGAUCACAGGCCUGGGUACGGGAGCCGGGAGGGCUCACACUGUGCUGGGUUUUAGCGAGUGCCUUUGUUUGUCGUUCGGUUUCCGAAGCGGACGCUGCUGGCUUGCAAUGGGUAGUGUUACAGCGGUGACGGUUCCUAAGAAUCCCCCGUUACUGUGUCCAGAAUGCUUCAUGGGGAACGCUAUAGCAGCGCUUAGCCAGGCUCCAGCCAUGUGUCAGCCCGUGUGUAACCUGUAAUCCUGCAUGGUGACCCAGCUCACAGCACUAUAUAGUGUGGGCUUUAUUCACUAAAUGCAGGGUUUAGGGAGCAGACUGCAAUGGCAACACUGAGGUCAAAGUAUCCCAAACUAUACCGGGUUAUUUACUAAAGUGAGAAUUCAAAGUAAACCUCACAUUUUACACCAAAGUAGCCGCACUAGUAGCAUGGACGAUUUGGAAUAGUUCUUCAAUUCAGCUAUUUUGCUAUUAAAACUGGAAUGCAGCUUGAAUCCUCACCUUAGUAAAUGACCCUGUGUGACUUUAUGGGAUUAUUCACUAAUGUGAAAAUUCAAAGUGAAUGGCAAACUUAAGGACAGAGUAGCCAAACUGAAAGCAUAGCUGACUUAGAGAAGUUUUCCAGUUAAGCUAUUUUGACCUUAAAAUUGAAAUUCACUCUGAAUUCUCACUUUAGUAAAUAACCCUGUAUAGCUGAAUUGGGGAAUUUUUAGAAAAAGCUUCUGUUAUUCUUAGAUUCCCCAUUUCGGAUUUAAAUUUACUAUAACGUUGAGCUGAAUUACUAAUCUUAUGUAAUGUGUGAAGUACUAUGUUUACAGUUUGGCUCUUUUGGCCUAAAAUUUCAAGCUCACAUAGAAUUUUUGACAAUUUACACUUUAGUGAAUAACUGACCAGCUCCCACUGGUACCAGAUCAAAAGUUAAUUAAAAAUCUGAUAUUUGUAAUUAGAAGAUAUGCUCUUAUGCAUGCACAAUCUUAUCAGACAGCUGUAAUUGUUAAAGGGCAUUAUGUGGAAAAAGUACCUACACACACAGGGCAUUAUAUGGAAAAACUACCUACACACAAAAAAAGGAUUGGAGUAGCACUUUAAUCAUAUACAGACUCUCCUCACUUACCGACCUGGUUCCGUUCCUACGACCCGGUCGUAGAACGAAUUGGUAAGAAAGUGCGGAGUAAAGGUAUUCCCUGCUCUCCUGCAUUCUUCUAUAUUCGGGGAAAUGUCCCUGAACAUAGAUGAACGCAACAGAGCAGGGAAUCCCUCUAAUCUAUGUUCAGGGUAAUUUCCCUGAACAUAGAUUUAAGGGAUUCCCUGUUCUGGUGCACAUGUCUGUGUUCAGGGACAUUCCCCCGAACAUAGACAAACACACAAGAGCAGGGAAUCCCUCUAAUCUAUGCUUGGUCGUAAGUGCGAGCCGUCGUAAAACAGGUCACAAAACGUGGACCACCUGUAAAAUGUUGGACACACUGUGCAAUAUAGAAACUACCUAUAUAUGCCAUAAAAUUAUAUGCUUAUAAGGUUGAUACUGGCUGGCACAGUGAUGGGAUUCUGGUGCACAUGGUUACUCUUCAAUAACCUGUCUGACAAUUCUAAUGCUGUUGAUAUAUGCAGAUAUUGUCACGAGGCCUCUUGCUUGUUAGCCCACUGUAGUGUUUAAUGUGCCAUGAGUGCCCUGGCAUCCUCCUGGAACUUACCUGGGCACUUUGGAGCACCAAUCACCUCCUCCGGGAGGAACCUGUCUGCACUGAGCUAGAUAGGCCUUAGCUCAUUGGUUGAGGAUAUCAAUUGAGUGCCUGGCUUAGCUUCAGGGAGCUAAUAGAAGUUCUGAGCUUUUGUCUCAUCUGGAGUCUGUGACUGGAUUCUUGGAUAUAUGAUUACUCUUUAUGUGUAUGAACUGUGCAGAAAGAGUGCUAGCUACAAAGGAUUCACGUAUUUACAGUAUAAGUGUCAAAUGCAGACAGCAAAGGUUCAGAAAAUGAUAAACAAAGCCAAGGAUCACGAUAUAAAGAGAGAAGAAGCACCACAGUAAUUAGAGGGACAAUCCGGCACUUAUACAACUUAAAUGCAUUUGAUAAUUUUGGUCUCAUUAAUAUGCUGUAUUUUUUGCAUGCUCAAAUCUGUAUACAUUUUGCAUACCAAAAAAAAGAUGUUUUCUUGAUUUUCCUGAUUGCACUAUGAGCACGCCUCGUGAACCAUACUCCCUCACUCCAGAAAACCACUUCCUUAUCAAAUGUAUGUACAUAUCUCAGCCACUGAGUGAUCUGAACUACAAGACAAUCUGCAUGAAAAUAAGUCACCCAGGUAGAUGUAUAGUAAGGAUAUUACCACUUGUUUAUAGUUUCUCUUACUGUCUGCAGUCAGGUUGUGAAUUAAAAGUAGCGGUCUCGUGGCUGUUGAGGCUGAUUCUGUGCGCAUACUUAAAGCAGCACUGUCAUGGCCAAUUCCAGUUGUUGUUUUUUAACCCCUACAUCUAAUUGUCCCUCUAGUUACCCCGAAAUGCCCCUAAACCCCCCAUCUUACCUAUUUUCCAUCUUUAUUCCGUGCACGGACCUAGUCCCUGUGUGAUACAUUAUCUGCCCACACUAGAUAGCGCUGUGACAUUCCCACGCAUGUGGCAUUCGAACAGGAAUUAAAUCUAUUCAUUCGUCAGAAAGACGAAUAAAUGAAUAGAAAUUUCAAAAGAAUGAACGAAGACCUGUUCGUUUGGUUUAUUACAAAGAGGGAGCUACCGGCGUGCAUUUGUAAGAUGUAAAAAUAGAAGCGGCAGUGAGCAGUGCUCCCCGCCACUUCCUAAGUCCCCUCAUGUCCUCCCUCACUCUAUGAGGGUCAAUAUGACCCUCCAUAUUAACAUAAUAUUGUCCUAACCUCGGCCCCCACCCAUGAGCGGCGGGUAGGGGCCCUAAAUGUAAACCCUCCUCCCAGGUGACUAAGGGUCCCCAAGCCCCUAGUCACCCGCCCACCCAAAAAAAAUUAAAUUCCUACCUACCCCCCUCACCCUAUUGUCCUCCCUCCCGGCCCCCACCCUUGAGCGGCAGGUGGGGGCCCUAAACUACAAUAAGCCUCUAGUCACCCCCUCCCCCACCCAAAUUUUUAAUUUUAAAUAAAGUUCUACCUACCCCCUUCACCCUAAAAAUAGUGGGGGGGGAAUGAGAAAACGAAAUCCCUGUAAAUAAAAAAUAACUUACCAUUUUAUGUUUUCUUUUUUCAGCCCCCAAAAAGGCCAAAUAAAAAUUCAUAAUACCCGUCGAACUUUGAAAAUAAAAUUUAAAAAACCCGAGCGCCCCCCCAAAAAAUCAGACGGAAAAAAAGACACUAAAAAAGUAGUCCAUCUUUACCCAGCGAGGGCACUGUGCAGACUGAGCUCUGCAGGGCGGGGAAUUUUCCCAUGCUGUGUAAUUUGACUCAUAACUUGAAAGCAACCAAUCAGAGUGUUGUUAUGAGUCAAAUUACAAAGCAUGGGAAAUUCCAAAGAACUUUCCCAUGCUGUGUAAAAUUACUCGGAGCACUCUGGGUUUUAUUUCAAGCCAACCAGAGUGCUGUGACAGGUAAAUGUAGAGACUUACCUGUAAGUCUCUUCAUUUACCUUUUAGAACACUCUGGUUGGCUUAAACCAACGGAGUGCUCUAAUCCUAAUUGCAGGCCGUGGGAAGGCUUUAUAAACCUUUCCCCACCCCGCUGAGCUCAGUCUGCACGGUGCCCUCGCUGGGUGAAGAUGGAUUACUUUUUUUAGCUUCAGGGUGUUUUUUCUGUCUGAUUUUUUUUUUUUUUUGCGCUCUGGUUUUUUAUUUUAUUUUUUAAGGUUCGGGUCUUAUGGAUUUUUAUUUGGCCUUUUUUGGGGCUGAAAAAAGAUUUUAGAAAAAAGAAAACAUCAAAUGGUAAGUUAUUUUUUAUUUACAGGGAUUUCGUUUUCUCAUUCCCCCCUUCACUAUUUUUAGGGUGAGGGGGGUAGGUAGAACUCUAUUAAAAAAAAAUUUGGGGGGGGUGACUAAGGGUUUAUUGAUAUUUUAGGGACAAUAGGUUCCUCCGCCUUAUUGUAAUUUAGGGGCCCCAUCCGCCAUUCAUUGGUGGGGGCCAAAGGGGACCCUAUGUCCUCUGUUUGCUUGAAUAGCCCCCGCAUGCAUGGCUCGGGGAGGACAAUAUAUAGAAUCUUAUCAAUAUGAUUUAGCAGGUAAAAAGCUCAACUUAAAAGUGUCAGUCAUAAGACAUGAUUUAUUAAUUCAUAAGAAAGAAAAUAAAGUCAACUGUGCUAAAGAGAUGCCCCACCAUGGGGCCAUUUAUUGGGGGGGGGGUAUUUAUUUUUUUACAACAGUGAGCAGCAAGAGGCUAGACAUACCCCUACUCGCGAUAUAGUGAGUAGGGGCAGAACAGUUACUAAUACCAAGUAAUUUUUACUUGGUAUUAGUAAAGUUUGCUGAAAGAUCAAUCUUGGUCUUUAGCCUUUUGAUAGGUAGCUCCCUAAAACUUGCACAUCUACUAAGCGACUGCAAGAUGCAGCCGCGAUCGGAUCGGAAUUUCAUUAAUUCAAAUGAAAUUUCGGACCGAACAAAGUCCCGAAUUUCGUCUUAACACGAAUGGAGGAACUGCUCUUAUUCUGUUAGGACAAAAUUCUGUAGGUUUGCCGGUGUUAAGGAAUACGGAAAGGAGUCAUCUUGAGAACACGGUGGAAAGGUGAGAAUUGUGGGAACAAUUCACUGACCACAGGAAACGGAGCACACUUUGCUCCUCUGCUGGUCAUAGAUGGUCAGGCGUAGGAAACCUACUUUUUCCCUAUGUUUUAAAGAAAACUAGAGCAGACAGUUAGAAGUGAAGAACAGAUCCUGACCGAGGGAGAGAAGAGGAAUCGAUUAAAGAAAGGUAAGUUCAGCAUGACAGUGCCGCUUUAAAUAAAACAAAACUGGAAAACCUGUAGACUGUUGACAGCCAUUACACUGAGCUGUAGUGGUUAUGUUGCUUAUAGCCCCUUUUAGUUUUUAUGUUUAUUUUAUGCCUCAUUUUUAAAUGGAAAUGUAUAGGUCAUGUGCAUGGUCAUAUCUCUGCCAUUGUGGUACCUCCUAUAAUUGGCCCCUGAUUCUUACACCAUCACCUACAAUGUGCAGUACAUCAAAAGCUGACAGGGUAUUUUUUUAUAGAACAUAAUCAAACAGUUGUGUGCAUGUUAGGUACCUGUUAUUCUGUAGUAAUGUCAGUAUAUUGUAGAAAGCAUGUGCGUAGAAAUCAUUGUUGCAGACAGAGCAGAAUCUACUUUUACAUUUAUUACAUUGACAGUUUUCUUGGGGGGGAGGGGGAGACGAGGAGGGGGAGAGGGAAUGUAUGUAGUUUGUACUGUUACUUCUUUCACUAAGAGUUGGUUUUCUUCUUACUCAGUUACAAUGGAAGGAUUGUUGAGAUUCAGAGAAAGUCUUGGUAUCUCCGAAAGUUUAGAAGACUUGCAGUACUAUUUCAAUGAACAAGGAGAGCUCAGGCAUAUGAUUACCAAGAAACCCUUUCUAUACAACUUCUACAAAAAUGGAUAUGACCGAAACCACAAACGGUAUAAGAUUCUUGGAGAUAUGAUUACUCUUCAUGUGUAUGAACUUCUGGAGAAAGAGUGCGACCUACAAAGCAUUCAAAUUCCAACUGAUGCCAGUGAUGACGAACCAAAGUCAUUCUUUUUCAUGAGUAAAGAAUUAUUAAGUAUGCAGACAAGUCUACUUGUUCUUCUUCAAGACAAAGGGGUAAUUCGUGCUGGUCAGUGGGGGCAAAAAGCAAUAUUCCAUCACUCUUUAGAAAAAGGUACACAAAUUCCAUAUAUUAAGACUGCCAUAAGGGACCACAUGUCUGUGAUAGUAUUGAAUCCCAAUGACAACUUUUUAGAGAUGAAAGAAGAAACCCAGAUAAUUGUGAAAAAGGAAGAAGAAUCUGAAUUCUGUGAUUUACAUACAUCUCAUGUUCACAAGAAGGCUUUCAUUCCAAAAAGAGGAUGUAGCUCUCCAGAGGAGCACACUAGCUAUGUCUGGGACCAUUUCAUUUCAAAAAGUGCUGCUACUAAUGUAGCUUUUAUUGCACAUGGAUAUGGUGGGUUGGUUUUUCUUGAUCUCUUGUGCAAGAAAAGUGUAGAGGUGAUGAGCAAAGUAAGUGCGGUAGCAUUCAUAGACUCCAGCCACCAUACUGAGCAUCAAGCAAGAACAGACCCUAAAGUAAUGAAUUGGAUGCGUACAAACUGCAGAAGCUGGGUUGUUAGUUUCAAACCUCUAGACAGACCUAUAGGCACUUUAAGAAAAUUUGAUUGUCACAAAGUAUCAGCUGGAACAGAAAACCACGACCUAGCACCCUAUAAUGCACUCCAGUCCGUUUUCAGAUUUCUUGGCCGAUCCUCAAAAAGUCGAAGAAGUGUAACCUUCCCAUCAAGAACAAUGUUAACUCGAAGUGCUUCAAAGAAAAGACAAUCAAUUUAAACAGUUUAUUUAUAAAAAUCAAUAGAGUCAAAGGGGCUAUGAAUUCAUACAAGAACUUAAAAAAAUUCCAAAAAUAUACUGAUAGUAGAAAAUACACAUUGUAUGUGUUAUGCAUUAUUCACAAAAUGUCUAGAACUUUGUGUGCACUACAAUGAAAACAUAAAUAAAAAGGCAAUUCAAUUUCCUUUUACGUACAUACAGACAAAACUAGUUUUAUUUUCUUAUUGUAUUUCUUAAUAUUUCAGAUUACAUUCAUACAGAAUAUCAUUCACUUUCUCAGUGAGAUUCAUUUUAUAGCUUCCUUGUCCCAUUCAUUAACCAAAUGUCAGCAUCUUUAUGGGCAGUGGAAAUUCUAAAUUAAACCCACAGUGCAAUAAGGGACGUGAAAUAAUUUGAGCUUUUUUUCAGGAAGUGUGCAGGGAUUUACUAAAUUACAAAAAGUGUAGGUGUGGCCAGGGCUGCAUAAACAAAGUGAUUUUAUUCCUAAUGGCAGAGAAUUGAGUGGUGAGACUUUUGGAGUAUGAUCAAUAUCCAAAAACCGCUUCAUUAAGUUAUGUUAUACAAGUUAUUUUGGUGCUUAGAGUGUCCCUUUAACUUCAGCACAGUUGACUUUAUUUUCUUUCUUAUGAAUUAAUAAAUCAUGUCUUAUAACUGGCACUUAAGUUGCACUUUUUAUCUGGUAAAUCAUAUUGAUAAGAUUCUAUCUGAACAUAUAAAUCAGGGCUUUACAUAUCCAUAGGUAGAUUAUGUUUCAAACAAAAUGUUACAGAGACCAUUCAAGAUUCCAAUUACAACUCCUGGGAUUAGUAAAAUGAGGAUGUAAUUGGCAUUUGCCACUUUAGUUUUGUCAGUUUUAAAGGAACACUGCCACCCUCGUAACUUAUUCAAUGCUUUCCUAUGGGGAAAUACCUGACACUGGAAGUCCUCAUGCAGAGUGUGAGAACGUCCAACGUUAGAUAUCGGACCAAUGGUCCGUUUCAAUUCAAGAAGUCCCUCUAGUGGCUGCCUAGUAGACAGCCACUGGAGGUGGAGUUAACCCUCAGAGGUAAUUAUUUCAGUUUAUCAGAAACUACAAUAAUAACCACAAUAGGGUUAAGGGACAUGAGACAUUGCACCCAGACCAUUUCAUUAUUUUAUUUUUUUUGUGCAAUGUUUUCUUUUUUUUGCUCCAAAAAUACAUAUAAUCAUUACACAGGUUUCUGUGAGUUAGAGUUAGCAUUACACAACUCCCAGAAAUGUCUGAAGUGGACAUAAACCAUUGGUAGAACAGAGCAACCGAGUGAACAGAUCACAUUUGGUCUGGCAUGUGCAUUCAAUGUAUUCCAUCAACCAUAAAGGGAGAUGACCACCAGUAUAAAGGGCAUAAUGUAUCUGUGCCAUAAUCACACUUUAGUCCAUGGUAGAAACAUAUGAAAAGUAGGGGUAUAACAUUGAUUAACAAACUUGAGAUAAAACAAUCUUGUUUGUAAUGUGUUUGUGCAACAUGGGGCAAGUUAACCAUUCAAAGUUGAUGAAAAUAUGCUUUUGUUUUAAACAAAUUACUCUUUUUUUUAUGCAGUAUUGUAACCAACAUAAAAAAUAGAUACAAUCUGAUAUACAAGUCAAACACUCCUGAGUUUAUAAGUACAUAAUCUAUGUAAUCAGACUGUUUAACAAGCUAUAUGCCAUGACAAAUCCUUAUAACUAAUAGUUCAGUUCAGAGAUACAG